CUGCCGCUGGGGAAGGUAAAGCGGCGACGGCGGCGGCCUCAGGAGCUGUGGGGUCCCCGGCUGGAGGUGGGGGACUCGCCGGGGAAUCAUUUAAUAUUUCACAUUAGAAGAAAUAUGUGAAAGUUCCUGCCAACCUGUGAGAAUUUCUUCCUUCGGCCAUUUUUUGUUCUACUUACUGGACAACUUUUUCAGAAUUUCUUUUUUGAUGCCAUGUUCUGUGGCUCGCAUCAAAAGAGGAGUUUGUCUUCAUGAAGAUUCCUAACAUUGGUAAUGUGAUGAAUAAAUUUGAGAUCCUUGGGGUUGUAGGUGAAGGAGCCUAUGGAGUUGUACUUAAAUGCAGACACAAGGAAACGCAUGAAAUUGUGGCAAUCAAGAAAUUCAAGGAUAGUGAAGAAAAUGAAGAAGUCAAGGAAACGACUUUACGAGAGCUUAAAAUGCUUCGUACUCUCAAACAGGAAAACAUUGUGGAACUGAAAGAAGCCUUUCGUCGGAGGGGGAAAUUAUACUUGGUUUUUGAGUAUGUUGAAAAAAAUAUGCUUGAAUUGCUGGAAGAAAUGCCAAAUGGAGUUCCACCUGAAAAAGUAAAAAGUUAUAUCUAUCAGCUGAUCAAAGCUAUUCACUGGUGCCAUAAGAAUGAUAUCGUUCAUAGGGAUAUCAAGCCAGAAAAUCUGUUAAUCAGCCACAAUGAUGUUUUGAAACUGUGUGACUUCGGUUUUGCUCGGAAUCUAUCAGAAGGCAACAAUGCUAAUUAUACAGAAUAUGUGGCCACCAGGUGGUAUCGGUCCCCAGAACUCUUACUUGGAGCUCCCUAUGGAAAAUCUGUAGAUAUGUGGUCAGUGGGUUGUAUUCUUGGAGAGCUUAGUGAUGGACAGCCAUUAUUCCCUGGAGAAAGCGAAAUUGACCAACUUUUCACUAUUCAGAAGGUGCUAGGACCGCUUCCAUCUGAGCAAAUGAAGCUCUUCUACAGUAAUCCUCGCUUCCAUGGGCUCCGGUUUCCAGCUGUUAACCAUCCUCAAUCACUGGAGAGACGAUAUCUGGGAAUUUUAAACAGUGUUUUGCUCGACUUAAUGAAGAAUUUACUGAAGUUGGACCCAGCUGAAAGAUACUUGACUGAACAAUGUUUGAAUCACCCUGCAUUUCAAACCCAGAGACUUUUGGAUCGUUCCCCUUCAAGGUCAACAAAAAGGAAACCUUACCAUGUGGAAAGCAGCACUUUGUCUAAUAGAAAUCAAGCCAGCAAAAGUGCCGCUUUGCAGUCUCACCACAGAUCUAAUAGCAAGGACAUCCAGAACCUAAGCGUGGGUCUGCCCCGGGCUGAUGAAGGUCUUCCUGCCAACGAAAGCUUCCUAAACGGAAACCUUGCUGGAGCUACUCUUAGCCCCAUGCACACCAAAACCUACCAGGCAAGCAGCCAGCCCGGGUCCACCAGCAAAGAUCUUACCAACAACAACAUACCACACCUUCUCAGCCCAAAAGAAGCCAAGUCAAAGGCAGAAUUUGAUUUCAAUAUUGACCCAAAGCCUUCGGAAGGCCCGGGCACGAAGUACCUCAAGUCGAGCAGCAGAUCCCAGCAGAAUCGGCACUCAUUUAUGGAAAGCUCUCAGAGCAAAGCUGGGACACUGCAGCCCAGUGAAAAGCAGAGUCGGCACAGCUACAUUGACACCAUUCCCCAGUCCUCUAGGAGUCCAUCCUACCGGACCAAGGCCAAAAGCCAUGGGGCAUUGAGUGACUCCAAGUCUGUGAGCAACCUUUCUGAACCCAGGGCCCAAAUUGCAGAGUCCAAUACGAGCAGGUACUUCCCAUCUAGCUGCUUGGACUUGAACUCUCCGACCAGCCCAACCCCCACCAGGCACAGCGACACAAGAACUUUGCUCAGCCCCUCGGGGAGAAAUAAUCGAAAUGAAGGCACUCUGGAUUCACGCAGAACCAUAGUCAGGCAUUCAAAAACGAUGGACGAGUUGAAGCUGCCGGAACAUGUGGACAGCAGCCAUUCUCAUUCACUCUCUGCACCUCAUGAAUCCUUUUCUUAUGGGCUGGGCUACACCAGCCCCUUCUCCUCCCAGCAGCGACCACAUAGGCAUUCCAUGUAUGUGACCCGGGACAAAGUGAGAGCCAAAGGCUUGGAUGGAAACCUGAGUGUAGGGCAAGGGAUGGCAGCCAGAGCCAACAGCCUGCAGCUCUUAUCACCUCAGCCCGGGGAACAACUUCCUCCGGAGAUGACUGUGGCAAGAUCUUCCGUUAAGGAACCCUCCAGAGAAGGCAACCCUUCAUUCCACUCACGGCAGAAGUCUGAGGGUGGAGCAUAUCACGACCCCCACUCUGAUGAUGGCACUGCCCCCAAAGAAAAUAGACAUCUGUACAAUGAUCCUGUUCCGAGGAGAGUUGGCAGCUUCUACCGAGUGCCAUCUCCACGUCCAGAUAAUUCUUUCCAUGAGAAUAAUGUGUCAACCAGAGUUUCUUCCCUGCCAUCAGAAAGCAGUUCUGGUACUAACCACUCAAAAAGACAAUCAGCAUUUGAAACGUGGAAAAAUCCUGAAAACAUUAGUCAUUCUGAACAACUCAAGGAAAAAGAAAAACAAGGUUUUUUCAGGUCAAUGAAAAAGAAAAAGAAGAAAUCUCAAACAGUGCCCAAUUCUGAAGGCCCCGAUCUUCUGACAUUGCAGAAAGCCAUUCACUCUGCUAACACCCCAAGCGGCAGACCAAAGGAAUGGCGUCCUGAGAAGAUCUCCGAUCUACAGACCCAAAGCCAGCCGUUAAAAUCACUGCGCAAGCUGUUGCAUCUCUCUUCAGCUUCCAAUCACCCGGCUACCAUGGACCCCCGCUUCCAGCCGUUAACAGCUCAACAAGUCAAAAAUGCCUUCUCAGAAAUUCGGAUUCACUCCCUGAACCAGGCCUCGGGUGGGAGCAGUAACAUCCGGCAGGAGCCCACACCGAAGGGCAGACCAGCCCUUCAGCUGCCAGUUCAGUACUGUUUGAGUAGCUCUGAAUUCUGGCUUUUCCCAGGCAGCUGCUCAGUUAUAUAAGUGAUGUGGACCCUUAGCAGUUUUUGCCUGGAUGCUAAUGACUCUAAAAGGGUGUGUAACUCUUCUUUUUCAUACUAGAUCUGUACCUUGUGUUCCCCCUUGCAAACCAGAAACUACAUUUUUUUCCUCUGGAAAGACUUCUCACUGUGCUGUGCGCUUAGGAACUGCGCAGUCACAUUGCCAUGAUGUGGCAUUUGAGGCUCGUCGUCACCUAGCGGCUGGUUUCCCAUGUUUUCAUCCUUGCUAACACUGGGAUCUCAGAUGUUUGCAGAUCAUUUCUAUUCCUGAUGGUUCUUCAAAGAAGGGCUAGAAUAAUUGCCUUCUACCUAGAGCAAAGUAAACCUAACCGAUGAAGAGUUAAUACAUACUUUUCUUACAUUCCCAGAUUUGAGCCAGAAAAUAUCUACAGUGUUUUCAACUCGUGUUUUUGAGGUAGCUCUUUUAUCCUCUUCUCAGCUUUUAUCCAUUCUGACUUUUCAUUGACCUCAGUGAGCUGUAAAGUGAAUUACAAUCUGCAUUUCUAGCAUGUAUAAUGCUUUUCCUACUCACACAGGGAAAUGGUCAAGUUUCCUCUCAAAUCUAAUGGGCCCUCUCUUAGCUUUUAACUUAUUUUCCUCUGUCAGUGAAUUCUCGACCUCACAGAGAUUUGCCAUCCAUGAUGAGGACUUGAUUCUUUAGGAAGAGAAAUUUUUAUGACAUCUGUGUUCUGUUAUCUGCCCUAACUUCCUAAAGAAUAAAAUGGUUGAAUGAAGGCUUAUCAAUUACUUUGUUUUAUGGAAGUAUCACUGAUCUCCUUUUGAAAAGAAACUCUGCUUUGCUGUUUUUCUAGUUUUGCUUUACCACCAUCCUCCUUUUUCUUCUCAGAAGUUCUAAAUCAACUUUCGCUGAACCUUAUUUGGUCCCGGUCUGAGGUUUAGCCUCUCUCCAGAGCCCCAGACCAAAAGUAGUCCUUACUAAGGGGCUCAAGAGAGCUGUCUCUACAGCAAGCGUUCUCAACCAGGGCCAACUUUGCCUCCCGGCAGUAUUUGGCUAUGUCAGGAGACAUAUUUACUUGUUACAACUGGGUGCUACUGUCAUGUUGUUAGUAGAGGCCAGGAAUGCUGCUACACAGCCUACAUUAACAGGACACUCCCAGAAACAAAAAAUGAUCCAGCCCCAAAUGUCAGCAGUGCUAAGGUUGAGAACCCUGCUCUUACCAUGUUCCACCAGUCGGUAGAGCUCAGCCCUGUCCUUGUCUCUCCAGGCUAGGAAACUGUAGGUAUGAAUUCUUCAGCAUCCCAGUCUUUUAAAGAAUCUUCUACCACUGUUUUUGAACCCGUGGAAUCCUAUUGUUCAUUUCCAUUAUCUUGGGCCUGCUAAAAGGUGCAUCCUUUGGGAGGAGACCAGAGUUACUUUAUUGGUGUUUGAGAACUUAAAUUCUAGGUCAGCUUCCUUAGAAAAUCUUUCAUAGACCCAUGAUGCUUAUAUUAGAAGUGAGCAACAGCCUGGCAUAUUGGCAUGAUUUUCACCAAGUGCUUAAAGACAUCCAUGGCUUUUAGCUGUGUCUCCCAAAAGAAAAUGUCUUUGUUUUUCAUUUAGGCCAUUUAAGAGCUCUUAACAAAUAUUGGCAUAUGACAGACCGAUUAGGAGCAAAACCUGGUGGUUGUGAUGUGGCUGUUAUAGGAGUAUUUGUGCUGUACGCUUUGGUCAAAUCUGUUUUCAAACCUGCUUUAAGACUCACCAUAUGCAGUUGUACUUUUCAUUCUAAGCUCAGAGCUACGCUGGUUUCUAGUCAUGUCAUGUAUUAUAAAGUAUGUUGUGGUUGUAGAGUUAGCCAGUUUAGCAUGUUCCUAAUCUGAAAAUUAGUGGACUUCUCUAGGAAAUGCUAUCCCAUUUUUCCUUCCCAGCUCCUCUUAGUUAACGUCAUAGUAUCCUCACACUUCUUAAACUAGUUUUUAGAGUAAAUAAGGAAAAAAGCCAUUUAUUCUUCUAGCUAUGUAUUGAGAAUGACUCAUAAGUGUACAGCUUUUUUUAAAAGCGAGAGGAUUACUUUUCAAGUGUGUAGAAGGCGCUGUUUAUUUCUAUUCACCUAGGUCCUGGUGGUGACCCAACUUUCAGCAAGGGCAAUCGCUCAUUGCAACUUAUUCCUGGAGCUCAGCUGGGACUCAGAAAUCUGCAUAUUCUCUCCUGAUCAGAACAUUUUUUCUGGAGAGCACUGCUUUUAUAUCUAGAAGUUCGUUACUUCCUGCAUUAUAGUGGGAUAUUGAGCUCCAUGUGAGCACUAAGAUCCACAGACUCAUACUUUUAUGAACUGGGAAUGUGGUAUGAUACACUGAACCAAGUCAGAAAAUACUGAAUUACUUCCUUACUUCCUUCAGUUCAUCACUAAUAAAGUGUGUAGGCAGAGAAAACUUAUUUACAGUUAAAAUCAAAUGGUUUCUUUUUAAAAAAAUAUGUUUUUAUUGAUAUUUUUAGAGAGAG